AUGGCGAAGUACAUGGUCGUGGGGGAGAUCUCCACAAUGAGUGCCGCACUCCGACGAGCCAUGCGGUACUCACAUCAGAACGAACAUCUCGAAGAGUUAAUCAGAAGUUUCUCCUCGCUAAAAGAUAUCCUUAGUCGUCAAAGCGAUCUUUCGGAUCUGGAACCUUCGAUAUAUUUCUCGCCGUUCCUCGACGUUGUUCGUUCCGGAGAUACCAACGGAACCAUAACCGCCAUGGCUCUCACGGCUGUAACGAAAUUCCUACAAUACGGCCUCAUCGAUCACAAUUUGGAAUCAGCCGCCGCGACAGCCGAACAGAUCGUCCAUGCGAUGAAGAAGAUCAGCUACAUCACGGAGGAUGCUGCGUCCGACAAGAUCGUUCUCAUGAAAUUUCUGCGAGCGAUCCGAAGUCUGCUGCUGAGCCAAGUCGGCUGCCUCCUCAGCAACAGCGGCGCCUGUGAGCUCAUUCAGGCCAUCAUCAAGAUCAUAUUCGAUCCUGGCUUCGGAGUUUCGUUGAAAGAAAUGGCCGAACAAACUUGGGAAGAAGUUGUACAGCUGAUGUUCGCCAGACUUCCGCAGUUCUCCGAAGACGUCGAAGACCUGCAGCUCAAACAAUUGCGCAUAAAAGGCACCAUUGACUUACGUACUCAACGUCGCCGUAGCGCUCAUACGAAGCAUAAGCAUACGAAGUCGAAAGAAGCCGACGAUUUGCCUUUCAACAUUGGAGAGGCUCGCGAAGCUGCCAAGAGUGUGACGAACCCCAUCACCGUGCCUCAGGAGAUUCCGCAAGUACAGAACGUCACGGAGAACGUCCAGCCACCUGAAACCGUCGUAGAGGAGCCGGAGACGCUGGGGAAACAAAUCGGAGCAGAUUCCACGUCUGCGGAGCCCAAACCCGACGAGUCGAGCUUGAGCGAUAGCGUCGAGGUGCUAUCCGGAGACCAAAACAUCCAAGAAUGUCACGUAAUGAACUUGGGUGGGAGCGUGAAUUCCCUUGACGAAGUUGGUCAGAGCGAAGAAAUCGUGAACGAUGGCAGUGCGGACUCGACAGCCGCGGAAAAAGACUUCGUUAGUACGAGAGGCGUCCGCUUCACACCUUCGGCAAUAGAUCGAGUUCCGUAUGGCUUAUCAUCCGUCAAGGAGCUCCUCAAAUUCAUUUCCGUUAUGAUCUGCCCACACGAACCAUACAAGAAUUCGGAACAGAUCAUCUCGCUCGGUCUCGAAUUAUUGACCAUUGCUCUAGAAGUCGGUGGAAAACAUAUCGGAAACUUUCCAUCAUUGGUGGAUCUCGUGAAGGACGAUGUCUGCAAGAGUCUCCUGGCCUUGUUGAAGAACGGACGCAUUUCGAUAUUGGUUUCCACGAUGCGAGCCUGCUUCCUGAUGUUUGAAUGUCUCCGUCCACAUCUGAAGUUUCAGCUGGAGAGCUAUCUCCUGAAACUCAUCGAGCUCAUAACCCACGAGGGACCGAACAAGAUAAGUUACGAAAUGAAGGAAUCGGUAAUAGACAACAUCGUUUCAUUGUGGAGGAUCCCGGAUUUCGUAACGGAAUUAUACCUCAACUAUGAUUGUGAUCUGUACUGCUCGAAUCUGUUCGAGGAUUUGACGAAAACACUGUCGAAAACUGCCUUCCCUGUCACGGCGAUCUACAGUAUCCAUCAUCUGUCCUUGGAGGCCCUUCUAGCAGUUAUCGAUUCAGUCGAGACCCACUGCCACUUCAUGAUGGUGUCGUCCAAGGAAGACAAGGCUACUUCGGAAAAACCGGCGGCAACGAAGGGGAAGCUCCUGCGACCCGUAGCAGUGUCUGGAACGCAGCUGGCUGCCGUCGUGAACAGCU